AUGGAAAAUCUCCAAAACAAGAAACUAGAUUUGACUCUGGAUCUGCCUUUAUAUGGAAGCACAAAUGCAUCCAAUAAGUCUCUAAUAUGGGACUGUGAAAGCUCCCUCUAUGACUCAUUUGAGUUGAAAUCUAUAGAGCGCCAACUCCAUUCGGCCUUGACUUCAAGAACACUCUCCUUGCCUCAUUUAUUGCAACCUCAACGCAUGUCCCCAAAAAAGAGUAAUUCUAAAAUCGCUAGAUCUUUCCAGAAGCUUCUUAAAUUUGUCUUCAGACACAAGGAAAACAACAAUCAUCAUCUUCCGGAGGUCCUCGAAUCAGAGUCGAAUUUAGAAGGUACAAAAAUAAUAAAGAAGUCACGUGCAAUUCAGUAAGUAUUGAAGGAAGCGACAUCAAAGGACUGAUUUGAAUAGACAAAAGAGGAUAGAAGGAAACAUCAAGACGUUAGAUGUGAGAACAUCGUGAGGGUAAAUAUCACUUAACAUUUAUUUUAAAAAUACAUAGC